AAGCCCAAAAAAAUGUUUGGCCUGAAAGUGAAGAAGAAGAAGAAGAAAGACAAUGAAGAUCUGGUUCUGGCAAACAAGGGAGCCACAGACCUGGACUGUGUUUCUCUACUAGCAAUAACCUCAUUUGUCUCUGCGUCUUCCCAUAGGUCCAAACUGAAUACUCGCAUUCAGGACAGUGAAGCGAAACCCCAGAGCUUCCAGAUUGCCAUUAAUAUCACAGAGGCCAGACAGCUCGUGGGGGAGAACAUUGACCCGAGCAUAGUGAUAGAGAUUGGUGAUGAGAAGAAGCAGACAUCAGUCAAGGAAGGAACCAAUGCUCCUUUUUACAAUGAGUAUUUCGUGUUUGACUUUUUUGCCCACAAAGAUCUCUUCUUCGACAAAGUGAUCAAGCUGACGGUUUUACACUCUAAAAUGCUGAGGAGUUUCUCUGUUGGAUCCUUUAAGUUAGAUGUGUGGACAGUCUACAAACAGCCAGGUCACCAGUUCAUCAAUAAGUGGGCAAUGCUAACUGAAUGUGGUGACAUUAGCACUGGGGUCAAAGGUUAUAUCAAGUGUGACAUCAGCAUUUCAUCGAAGGGAGAUACCAUGCAGCCGGGACAAAAAGCGAGUGAUGCCGAGGAGCAGAUAGACAAGAACCUGUUGAUUCCAGAGGGGUUUCCUUCGGAACGACCGUGGGCUCGUUUCUGUGUGAAGGUGUAUCGAGCUGAAGGCCUCCCCCGCAACAACUCCAGCAUCAUGGCUAAUGUCACCAAGGCCUUCAUAGGAGAAAACACAGCACUCAUAGACCCAUAUGUUGUGGUCAGCUUCUUCAAACAAGUGGGUCGGACAUCAACACAAAAGUCGACAGCAGAUCCGGUGUGGAAUGAGCAGAUUGUCUUCACUGAAAUGUUUCCUCCUCUGUGUCAGAGACUGAAGAUCCAGGUUUGGGAUGAGGGAAGCAUGAACGACGUUGCCAUUGGAACCCAUUACUUUGACCUGAGAUGCAUCUCCAAUGAACAGGAUGGUGACAGAGGGUUUUUACCAACAUUUGGCCCUGCUUGGAUCAACCUGUAUGGUUCUGCUCGAAAUUUUUCUUUGGGUGAUGACACAGGGGAGCUUAAUGAGGGCAUUGGAGAAGGUGUGUCAUACAGGGGCCGACUCUACAUGGAGCUGGCUGUUGAGAUUCUGUCGGGAGGGACGGGGUCAGACUCCAAACUUAGCCGUAUAACGAAGCCAAUAAAAGAUGCUAAAGCAGGAAAAGCUGGAGGGAAAGAUGGGAAAACCCCUGCAGGAGGAGCAGGCACAGAACUGAUGGCGGUGGUCUUCAGGUCAGGCACAGCUGGUCCAGGAUUGCCCAACAGACAUCCGGAAAUCACCUCCUUGCUGUCAGGCUUGCUGAGUGCUGCCACCUGGGUCUCCCCUGACAGCUGCCGCAGCGACCAUUCCCCCUCAGGACACGGGCUUUCCUGUGCCGUGACCGAAACCAUUCUUGGAAUGACUGGGGCAGGUGUCAUCUCCUUCCCCCAUCUUGUGGAGCCUCACUGCAGGGCCCGGGAAAGUAUGAUAGGGGAGGCACAGUCCCUGGUAGGGAGGAAGAAAAAUGCUGGUGGUGUGAAAGAAAUGCUACAGGACGCAACAAAACUCACACAUAAACUCCGCUUUCUUGUGGAGGAGCCCCAGCACACAGUUCCAGACAUGUUUGUGUGGCUGCUGAGCAACAACAAGCGUGUUGCAUACACCCGGGUUCGAACCAGAGACCUGCUGUACUCCAGCAGGCAGGAGGCCCGAGGAAUUAACUGUGGCAAGGUCAUAACCCUGUUUCUCAAGCCUCCAGGUAAGCGUGUUACAGGCUUAUCAGUCCAAGCGAAACUGGAUGUGUAUCUGUGGUUUGGAGCUUGCAGCGACUCUAGCCACAUGCUGGAUAACCUGCCUGCAGGAUUCACUCCAGCUACAGGGGGCGCUGAUGCCAACAGCCCUCCCACACACUUGCACUGCAGCGAGCAGCAUCAGUUCCAGUUGAGGUGCCACAUGUAUCAGGCUCGUGGUCUGAUCGCUGCUGACAACACUGGCCUGUCAGAUCCCUUUGCUCGAGUCACCUUUCAGUCACACAGUCAAACCACCAAUAUUAUCAGUCAGACUCUCAGUCCUACAUGGAAUCAGUGUUUGCCAAUGAGCCGUCUGCUGCUGAGUGGAGAUUUGCAGUAUAUCCAGCGAGAGCCGCCACAUGUCCUCAUAGAGGUGUAUGAUGACGACGCACUGGGAAAGGCUGAGUACCUGGGAGCCACAGUGGCAGUGCCCGAGGUCUGUCUGUCCUCUGCUCCCUACACGCCUCCAACUCUGCAGUACAACGCUCUGCACUGUGGGAGCCAGCCAGGGGGAGAAUUGCUGGCUGCAUUUGAAUUGCUGCAGAUCUCACGUUCUGAACAGCAGAGUCUGCCAGACUUAGAGGAACAAGAUGGAGGCAUCUACACAGUUCCUGCAUAUAUCAGGCCUGUCCUCAGCACCUACAGACUAGAGGAGUUACCAGAAAACGAACAUCUCCAUCCUCCGCUCAGUAUCACGGUUGUUGACUGGCGUGCUUUUGGUCGCAGUACGCUCGUUGGGAACCACAUCAUCAACAACCUCAAAGCUUUCAAACCGAUUCCACUUCCAGCCCUUCCUGCACCCAUACAGACACACAAACCACCCAAAGACAUCAGCACCCCUGGACCUACCAUGACAGUAGAGCCACACAGUGCUGAGGGACGGUCACAGGAUUCUCCAGAGACUAGUUCGGCUGUAGUGGCUAACCAAGAUUUCCGGAUCACUGUAGAGGAUGAACCCCUACCACCCGCUCCACCACCUGCUCCACCCAUUCCCAAGCAAGAAGCCAGGAAGAAAAAGAUGACAGAGAGCAGGGCAAAGUCCACUCGUAGCCGUUCCACCAAACGCAGGAAGCGGACUAUCGCAGAUGAAUCAGCUGAGAGCGUCAUCGACUGGUGGUCCAAAUACUACGCCUCAGUAGAGAGAGAGAUCAAACGAUGGGAAAACUCGCCAUUUUCCGAGGUCUCCAAAGCUUUGUCGUACCACAGCUUGCUCAGCGAUGGAAUAGAAUCUUUGGUCAGCAGCCAGUCCGAUGGAGAUAAGAAGAAGAGGCAACAGAAAGGAAAGGGAACGAGCGUCAGUCCCCACACCAAAUUAGCUACACUCAAGCUGUACAACAAGGAGUUGGAGUCAGAGUUUGGGUCCUUUGAUGACUGGGUGAAAACAUAUGAGUUGUUCCGAGGGAAAGCCAAUGAGGAAGAGGGAUCCAAUGAGGAGAGGUUUGUUGGAAAGUUUAAGGGUCGAUUCUGCCUCUAUAAGCUCGCUGAGGAGGAGAAGGAGGAGGACUGGCAUGAAGCAAUAGACGCUGGGAGCUUCAGAGUCAACAGAGGAAUCCCUCCCAACAGCCCAGUCCAAGUUCUCAUACGGGUUUACAUUGUCUGCGCCUCUAACCUGCACCCAGCUGACCCGGAUGGGAAGGCGGACCCUUACAUUGUUCUACGACUUGGCAAAAAUGAAAUCAAAGACAGAGACAACUACAUUCCCAAACAGCUAAACCCUGUUUUUGGAAGAUCUUUUGAGAUGCAGGCAACACUUCCCCAGGAGUCUCUGCUGUCAGUGUUCAUCUAUGACCACGACCUGGUGGGAGGGGACGAUCUCAUUGGAGAGACCCACGUUGACCUUGAGAACCGAUAUUACAGCAAACACAGAGGCACCUGUGGACUCCCUGCUGAGUAUAGUCUUGAGGGUUACAAUGCCUGGAGAGACUGUUUGAAGCCAUCAGAGCUGUUGGCAAAGAUGUGCAGAGAGAGCGGUUUGUACGGUCCUCACUUCAGUCCAGGACGCAUCAUCGUGUCAGAUAAAGUCUUCACUGGCAAAACGCUCUUCAUGCAUGAAGACGAGCCAGUGGAGUCCUAUGAACACUUGUCACUGAAGAUCCUACACCGCUGGGCUGAGAUCCCAGGUGUAGGAUGCACACUGGUACCAGAGCACAUUGAGACCAGAACUCUGUUUAAUAAGGCCCGGCCUGGAAUGGACCAGGGUCAGGUCCAGAUGUGGAUAGACAUGUUUCCAAUGGACCUGCCACAUCCAGGACCUCCAGUGGACAUUUCACCUCGAAAACCAAAAGGAUACGAGCUGCGUAUUAUCAUCUGGAACACAGAGGACGUCAUUUUGGAGGACAGCCACUUCCUCACUGGUCAACAGUUCAGUGAUAUUUACAUCAAGGGCUGGCUGAAAGGUUUAGAAGAUGACCGACAAGAAACUGAUGUGCAUUACAACUCUCUGACUGGAGAAGGAAACUUCAACUGGCGCUUCGUGUUCCCCUUCAGCUACCUGCCUGCUGAAAAGGUAGUGGUGGUGAGGAAAAGAGAGAGUAUUUUCUCUCUAGAUAAAACCGAGCAGAAGAUUCCUGCUAUCCUCAUUCUGCAGGUCUGGGACUUUGAGACACUCUCCUCUGACGACUUUCUAGGCACGCUAGAGUUAGACCUCCAUGGAUUUACUCGGGGAGCUAAAACAGCCAAGUCGUGUAAGGCGGACAUGCUGACAGACGGGAUUGAGAGAAUCUCCAUCUUUCAGCAGAAGCGAGCACGAGGCUGGUGGCCCUUCACCAAGUCAGGAGAGUUGACCGGGAAAGUGGAAGCAGAGUUCCAUCUCGUGACAGCUGAGGAGUCGGAGAAAAAUCCUGUCGGCCGUGCCCGCAAGGAGCCGGAGCCGCUACCAAAACCAAAUCGUCCAGACACCUCCUUCUCGUGGUUUGUUAACCCUUUCAAAUGUUUCUUUCACUUGGUGUGGCGAAGCUACAAGAAGUACAUCAUCAUCGGCAUCAUUCUGCUGAUCACGGCGCUGUUCCUCGCCCUGCUCUUCUACACGCUACCCGGAGCCAUCUCCAACAAGAUUAUCAGCGGCUAAACGAAUAAACGAUGUGUGUGUGCUGCAGCUCGAAACAGCUUUCCAGAUGAUCAAAGUCUCCAUGUUUUUGAAUAUUGAAGUUGUGCAGGUGUUUGGUCUCACUUUUUAAAACAACGGGAAUAAGAAGAAUGAAGGCUGGCCAUUUUCUUUUAAUUAGUUUUGUGUCUGAAUAAAUGUUACUAACCAGUGAAAGUUAACAUAUUAAGAUUUUAAGAUGAUGA